ACACAACGCGCUCUACGCCAUGUCAAAGACCAUACAGAUAAGCUCCCCAGCGCAGUUUGCAGGCCUGCUGAAAAGCUCAGCGGUCGUGGUUGCCGACUUCUAUGCGGACUGGUGCGGACCUUGUAAACAGGUUGCGCCUAUAUACGAAAAGCUCUCAGAGUCCCUCUCCCAGGCAAACCGCGUCACAUUCGUGAAAAUCAACACAGAUACCCAGAAGGAGGUUGCGGCGCAGUACAACGUCUCAGCACUGCCAACGUUUAUGGUAUUUAAACAAGGAAAGCCAGUCGAGAAAGUUCAAGGAGCAGACGUACAGAAGCUACAGCGCGUAGUUCACGACCUUACGAAGAUGGCGUCCGACGCACCCGGCCCGUCGAAUUCAGGCAGUGGAAGCUCGUGGCGCAAGAUUGAACUGCCAAAGGGCUAUGGGGAUGUUACUGGUCAGAUUGAGAUUAAAGGGCUUGAGCUUCUCAACUCGGAUGGGGAGUUUGGUACCGUUAGGACUCUGCUGGAGACUGGCAAGCCUACCGCUCUCAACAAUACUGGGAAAGAGAAGGCCGAUACCAAGGACUGGGUUGAGAGUGACACUGAUGAGCAACUGAUGCUUUUCAUGCCGUUCCAGGCGAAUUUGAAAAUACACAGCGUCCAGAUCACCUCGCUGCCACCCGCGAACCCAGACGACGACGACGAAAUCCCGAUGAGACCUAAGACACUACACUUCUACACCAACAAAUCGCACAUCCUCGGCUUCGACGAAGCAGAGGGCAUCCCAGCGACCCAAGUUGUAGUCCUCGAGGAGAAGGACUGGGAUUCCACCGGCACCGCGAACGUAGUCCUGAGAUUCGUCAAGUUCCAGAACGUCACCAGCCUAGUCGUGUUCGUGGUUGAUGGCGACGGGUCGAGCGAGCGCGUCAGGAUCGAUAGGAUCGCACUUGUUGGGGAGACGGGGGAGAAGAGGGAGCUUGGCAAGCUGGAGAAGAUUGGUGAUGAGCAGGGGGAGUGAUGGGGAGGAAGGGUCUGCGGUUCAGGAGGGAACUAGAACUUCAUAACGCUUCACACGAGUAAAAAUAGACCGGCGUUCGUCGAGGGUAUUGAUUUCACAGCGGCGGGUGCUGAGUCUUUCAGACCAUAGUAUCAAUGGAAGUUAGCAUUCAAUCGAUAUUCAUUCAAACGCCCCACUGAGCCAAACACACAGCAAUAGUCGAUUUUUUCAAGCAAAGCCAAAAUCUCAUUCUUCACCACACUACACGUCCCCUCUACUCUCUCAAAUCCCCUCUACAAUCCAAACUAAUAGAAAGAAUAAAUGAUGUCCAGUCAACUCGUCAAACCCUAGCCCGUCCCCCGCAUGCCCCGAAAGACGAAAUGCGGGCGAGAAUCAGCGUCGGGUCGCAGUGAGCGAGUAACCGUAUUUUGCAAUUGGGUCUGUUCUGUGACCGUCUUGACGCUCGAAGCAACAUCAUCGAAGAACCUUGGCAGGCUACUGGAUGUUUUGAGCAACACGGAGAAUAGACG